AUGUUUAAAAUUAAACUUACGUUUUCAUUCUGUUUCCUAGUUUCCGAAAUAGUCUGCUCGUGGCAUCCAUGUCCUGAAAAUAGACUAUCAUAUCUGUUUAAAGAACAUAAAAUCAAUUGGAAUUCGGCUGCCAAGGAAUGUGAAAAAGCAGGAGGUGAUUUAGCCACGGUCAUCAGCGAAAUAUGUACACUCAGGAAUCUAAAUGAAAACUUGACCUACUUCGUUGGAGGUGAGAAGUCAUCCUCUGGGACAUGGACAUGGGUAGAUGGUACUCAGAUGAACCAAACUCAUUGGGCUCCAGGUUAUUGUUUUUAUCUCCUAUGGAAGAUAUUUUUAAUACCAUAUGUGUUUUAAACAAUUUUUA